AUGGAGGCCUCCCGUGGCCCUCCCCGGGUCAAGAACAAGGCCGCUGCGCCGGUUCAGAUCUCUGCGGAGCAACUUCUCCGCGAGGCUGUCGACCGGCAAGAGCCUGGCCUUGAGGCGCCAACACAGCGAUUUGCCGAUCUUGAAGAACUACAUGAGUACCAAGGUCGGAAGAGAAAGGAUUUCGAAGACUAUGUGCGGCGCAAUCGCAUUAACAUGAACAAUUGGAUGCGCUAUGCUGCUUGGGAACUCGAACAAAAAGAAUUUCGUCGCGCACGAUCCAUCUUUGAGCGUGCGCUCGAUGUCGACCCGACCUCCGUGGUGCUAUGGAUUCGCUACAUCGAAGCCGAGAUGAAGACACGGAAUAUCAAUCAUGCCCGAAACCUCCUUGACCGUGCCGUGACCAUCCUCCCCCGCGUCGACAAGCUCUGGUACAAGUAUGUCUACAUGGAAGAGACAUUGGGUAACAUCCCCGGUACCCGCCAGGUUUUUGAACGAUGGAUGUCAUGGGAACCAGAAGAGGGUGCAUGGUCUGCAUACAUCAAGUUGGAAAAGAGAUACAGCGAAUUCGAACGAGCACGCAACAUCUUCCAACGCUUUACAGUGGUCCACCCCGAUCCCCGAAACUGGAUCAAAUGGGCCCGCUUCGAGGAGGAGUAUGGAACAAGUGACUUGGUGCGCGAGGUCUAUGGUGUGGCAAUCGAGACGUUAGGAGAGGACUUCAUGGAUGAGAAGCUUUUCGUUGCAUAUGCCAAGUUCGAAGCCAAGUUGAAGGAGUACGAGCGCGCACGGGCGAUUUACAAGUAUGCUUUAGACCGAUUGCCGCGGUCCAAGGCCAUGACCCUUCACAAGGCUUAUACGACCUUCGAAAAGCAAUUCGGCGAUCGUGAAGGCGUGGAAGAUGUGAUCUUGUCCAAGCGCAGAGUACAAUACGAAGAACAGCUUAAAGAAAACCCUCGCAACUAUGACAUCUGGUUCGACUUUGCACGAUUGGAAGAAACUGCGGGAGACCCAGAGCGGGUGCGGGACAUCUACGAACGGGCCAUUGCACAGAUUCCUCCCUCGCAAGAAAAAAGGCAUUGGCGCCGCUAUAUCUAUCUCUGGAUAUUCUACGCUGUGUGGGAAGAAAUGGAAGCGAAAGACACAGACCGUGCCGGUCAAAUUUAUCAGGAAUGUCUGAAGAUCAUUCCGCACAAGAAGUUCACAUUCGCCAAGGUUUGGCUCAUGAAGGCACAGUUUGAGAUUCGCCAAAUGCAACUGCAAGCAGCACGGAAAACUUUGGGCCAGGCCAUCGGCAUGUGUCCGAAAAACAAAAUCUUCCGUGGAUACAUCAACAUCGAGACACGACUGUUUGAGUUCGUGCGAUGCCGUACAUUAUACGAAAAACAGCUUGAAUGGAACCCCUCCGAUAGUAUGUCCUGGAUAAGCUUCGCAAAACUGGAGCUUGCUUUGGAAGAUUUGGAGAGGGUAAGGGCCAUCUAUGAGCUUGGUAUCGAGCAACCGACCCUCGACAUGCCCGAAGCUGUGUGGAAGUCCUAUAUCGAGUUUGAAACCGAAGAAGGGGAGUUUGAGCGUGUCCGUCAAUUGUACGAGCGUCUCCUUCAGAGGACCGAUCACGUCAAGGUAUGGCUCGACUACGCCAAGUUCGAGGCCAUUGUCUCUAGGGACGACGAAGAGGAAGAACCCGAGGUCUCUCAAGCGACGAUCCGUGCGCGUUCGGUCUUCGAGCGGGCACACAAGGUGUUCAAGGAUAAGGAGUUUAAGCAAGAGCGCGCACAAGUUCUCGAACAAUGGCAAGGUUUCGAACACACAUUUGGAUCGCCCGAGGACGCCGAAAAGGUCGACAAACAGAUGCCACGAAAGGUCAAGAAGCGUCGCAAGUUGGCCGACGACAAGUACGAGGAGUAUUUGGACUUCGUGUUCCCUGCGGACGACAAAUCGGCGGCCAAUCUGUCCCGUCUGCUCCAAAAGGCACACCAAUGGAAGCAAGGACAGAGCUAA